GCCAUCUUGCAGCCGGUCAGUAAGCUUCUCCUGUCAAACGACGGACACUUUGUCAGCGCUCGCCGCGAUUGUUUUUGUUUACGGUCCGUGUUUUUCCUGUCCUUGCCCCCGCGUCGCGUGCGGCCCGGCGGCGAGCGCGAGCGCGUGUGUGACACCAGCGCGGUGACUGGCGGAGCCGCGGGGCCGCGAAGCAGGCCGUGUCACCUGUCUGGAGCGUCUGGAGGGCUGGAGCGGAAGGGUCAAGGAUUACCGAUGCCUGACUGGAGCCCCUGUCCGCGAAGCGCGCUCCCUUGGCAUCUAAAAGGCUUGAUGCGCUAGCCGCUGUGCUGCUGCCGCCAUGCUGAAGCUGCUGCGGCGCGGCUCGACGCGCAUGCUGGCCGGCUCGGCCGUGCUGCUCAUGGCGCUCGUCUGCCUCUACUACGCCAACUACUCGACGUACCCGCCGCCCAGCAGCACCACGCCGGACUUGGAGGCGGCCGCGGCCCGCGCCGCCCCCGCGCUGCCUCCGGCUGCCGUCCCCGCCGCCCCCGCAGCACCGGCGGCGCCCGCCCCCCAGGACGACCGGCCGCCCAACGCCUCGCUGUACACGGAUAACUACGGCGCCUGGGAGGGCAACACGGAGAUGGACAGCAUCGUGUCGCCCGCCACCUGCCCCGUGCCCGAGGCCGCCGAGACCAACGUGGACACCGUGGAGCAGUUCCAGAAGUUCGACUUCCAGCCCCACUGGAUGAAGAGCCGCGAGUAUUGGGAUCGGAAGUUCGAGUCCCGCUACAAGGCGAGGAAGGAGAAGUGGCCCAAACUUCCCCUCAAGGUGAUCCUGGUGCCGCACUCGCACAACGACCCCGGCUGGCUGCUGACCUACGAGGGCUACUACCACUUCAAGACGCGCAACAUCCUCAACAACAUGGUGUCCAAGCUCCAGGCGCUGCCUAACAUGACCUUCAUCUGGACCGAGGUCUCCUUCUUCUCGCAGUGGUGGGAGAGCGCGCACCCGUCCAAGCGCCACGCCGUCAAGAAGCUGCUGGAGGAGGGCCGCCUGGAGAUGACCACGGGCGGCUGGGUCAUGACGGACGAGGCCAACGCCCACGUGUUCGCCAUGGUGGAUCAGCUCAUCGAAGGUCACCAGUGGGUGAAGAACAACCUCGGGGUGACGCCGCGCACCGGCUGGUCCAUCGACCCCUUCGGCCACGGCGCCACGGUGCCGUACCUGCUCAAGGCCUCGGGCGUCUCCUCGGGCACCAUCAUCCAGCGCAUCCACUACGCGUGGAAGCAGUGGCUGGCCGAGCAGCAGAUGGGCGACUUCCUGUGGCGCCAGGCCUGGGACACGGACGGCCGCACGGACCUGCUCACGCACAACCAGCCCUUCGACAUCUACUCGAUCAAGCACUCGUGCGGCCCGCACCCUCAGAUCUGCCUCAACUUUGACUUCCGCAAGAUCCCCGGUGAGUACACCGAGUACUCUCUGCGUGCCGUGCCCAUCGACGACUCGAACGUGAAGCAGAAGGCGGAGCUGCUGCUGCAGCAGUACGGGCGCACGGGCUCGCUGUUCCCGCACAACGUGGUGCUCAUGCCGAUCGGCGACGACUUCCGCUACUCGCACGAGCAGGAGUGGGACCAGCAGUACGAUGGCUACAGCCGCCUGGCCGAGUACAUCAACAAGCACGCCGACGAGUACCACGCCGAGGUGGUGUUCGGCACGCCGGCCGACUACUUCGCGGCGGUGCGCGAGCGCACGCAGCACUUCGACACGCUCAAGGGCGACUUCUUUGUGUACGCGGACAUCUUCAGCGAGGGCCGGCCCGCCUACUGGAGCGGCUACUUCACCACGCGGCCCUACUGGAAGAUCCUGGACCGGGAGCUGGAGGCGAGCCUGCGCUCGGCCGAGAUCCUCUACGCGCUCACGCUCAACCGCGCGCGCCGCUCGGGCUUCAACUACACCGUGAAGCUGCUCGAGCGCGACUACGAGAAGCUCAUCAAGUCGCGGCGCAACCUGGCGCUGUUCCAGCACCACGACGCCAUCACGGGCACCUCCAAGGCCUCCGUCAUGCACGACUACGCCCUCAAGAUGUUCGACAGCCUGCAGGAGACGCAGCGCCUGCAGCGGCUGUGCGUGCAGACGCUGCUCGUGCGCGACGAGGUGCUGCGGCGGGGCGAGGCGGGUGCCGUGGGCGCGCCCGCGCCGGCCGCGAGCAGCAGCAGCGGCGGCAGCAGCAGCCGCGGCCCGCCGCCGCCUCCGCCGCGCGCGCCGCCCUCCAUGGAGUUCAUCCAGCCCGACACGGACCGCGAGUCGUACGAGAAGCUGGCGCGCCGCGUGCCCGUGGAGCUAGGCCUGGGCCAGCCGCGCACCGUCGUGCUGUUCAACUCGCUGGCCCAGCACCGCCAGGACGUGGUCAAGCUCACCGUGACCACGCCCGACGUGCGUGUCAUCGACCCCGAGGGCAACACGGUGCCCUGUCAGGUCAGCCCCAUCUGGAACCUGACGGCCAGUGGCGCCGGCGGCUCCGGUGUCAGCAUUGACGACCAGCAGCAGCAGCCGGAGCCGCGCCUGCACCUCAACCGGGACGCGUUCGAGCUCAUGUUCGUGGCCGAGCUGCCGCCGCUGGCGCUCGUUUCGUACCGGCUCGAGCGCAUGGCUACCAAGCAGGCCGCCUCCCGCGCCAAGGUGUACUGCGCGGCGUGCGGCCGCAACCCUGACGACGGCACCGCCUUCGUGUCGCCCUUCGACGUGAAGGGCAUGCAGGCGGGCGACAUCCAGCUCGAGAACUACGCCAUGAAGCUGCUGUUCGACGGCGCGUCGGGCUUCCUCAAGGCCGUGACCCACAAGGCUGGCGGCCGCAGCACGCGCUGCCGGGUGCAGUUCUCCGCCUACCCCUCGGCGCAGUUCCACUCCGGGGCCUACCUCUUCAUGCCCGACCCGUCUCGGGAGAGCGAGCGCGACUUCCUGGAGGGGUACGCGUCCUCGCGGCAGGUGGUCAUCACCUCCGGGCCCGUCGCCUCCGAGGUGACCGUGUUCUACGGCCGCGUGCUCGCGCACUCGGUGCGCCUGUACCACGCGCAGGGCGCGCUCGCCAGCGGCGUCUACAUCGAGAACGUGGUGGACUUCGAGUCGCCCCCCAAGAACCGCGAGACGGAGCUGUUCAUGCGGCUCGUGACGGACGUGGCCAACGGCGACCCUCCGGAGGUGUACACGGACCUCAACGGCUUCCAGAUGCAGCGGCGGGUCAAGGUGGACCGCAUCGGCAUCGAGGGCAACUACUUCCCUGUCACCACCCAGGCCUACAUCCAGGACGACAGCCGGCGCGUGUCGCUGCUGCUGAACCACGCCCAGGGCGCGGCGAGCUGGCAGCCCGGCUGGCUCGAGGUGAUGCUGGACCGGCGGACGCUGUACGACGACUCGCGGGGGAUGGGCGAGGGCGUGGUGGACAACAAGCAGACGCUCACCAAGUUCUGGCUGCUGCUGGAGGACGUGGCGCCGGGGUCGGGCGACAAGGGGCAGCACUCGCGGCCCAGCCUGUUCAGCAACCACCUCUCCAACUCGCUCAUCUACCCCACCAACGUGUACGUCGUGGACGCGAGCAGCGCGGGCGAGGACCUGGCGCCCUCCUCCACGGCGUCGCCGCUGGCCGAGCCGCCGCCGCCGCCGCCGCCCGUGGCGCGCCUCGUCGAGUCGUCGCUGCACAAGCAGGUGCUGCUGGUGUCGCGGCCCUUCCCCUGCGACGUGCACCUGCUCAACCUGCGCACGCUCGCCGACGGCAGCUACGCCCAGUUCCCCUCCACGUCGGCGCUGCUCGUGCUGCACCGCCAGGGCUUCGCGUGCGACGUGGGCGCCGGCGUGGCGCUGUCGCGCUGCAGCGUCGUGACGGACGACGACGAGAACGCGGUGCGGAAGGGCGACGAGGACGCCAACGCCGACGUCAACGGCGAGGGUAGCGCCGAGGGCAGGGACAGACUCGCGCUCCACCCGAGGACGGCGUUCUCCCGGCUGCGCCUCGAGUCUGUGACGCAGACCUCGCUGACGGGCCUGCACCACGUGGACAGACUGGGGGGCCUGGACCAGGCGCGCAUGAAACCCAUGGAUCUGCUCACACUCAAUCUGACGUUUAGCCUGUGAGAUUAUGCACUGGUCUAACUUAUGCCUAACUUACUCCCACCCCUCCCUCCCUACUCCAAAGCCCCCUCCCUCUCCCCCUCCCUUCCCCCCUUUUUCUCUCCCGCCUCGACAAGGGGCCGACUGAUAUGGUAGUGCUGUGAUAACAGAUGUACAAAAAUGUUGAUGUUGAUGGAGAACGAUGAUAAUCAUGGUGAUUCAAGAAAUUAGAGCAAAAUGGAAAAGGCUGAAGGUAAUGUUUGAUUGUGUAUGAGAAUAUAUGUGUAUAUUAAAGAUUUAUUGCAUGUGUUGUUGAUUGUGUGAGUAGUGAGUUUACAAAAAUGAACUGUAUUGUGAUUAUGUUGACAUCACAUGUUAAUAGCUGCUAUUGUGGAGAUGUAGUAACUAAGUACCCACUCCAGGACAUUUUGACCUGAUACAUUCAGUGUGACACACCCUCCAAAAAUAUAUGCUUGGUUGAUCUCAAUGGACUGAAUCGUUCAACACGACCUCAUUUCAGCCUAGUCUGUUCUUUGAGCAGCUCUUUGAUUAAUGCACUAUUCAUAUCCAUUGUUAUGAACAUAGAUUUUGUCUGGCGGAAGGUAGAAAUACUUCAAACUGUUUGUGAAUAUAAUCUAAAAAAUAUUUGAGUUGAAAUCAGGGCAAUUUAAAGAAUGUUUUCUUAAAACAAAAAGAAAAUUGACAUGAAUUCAACUCUUUCCUGUUGGCUUGUCAAAUUUUCUAUUCAUUACCAAUCCUGCUAAACUACUUUCUCUUGUUAGGAAAUUGAGACCAAUUAGCAUAGGCAAGUUUGGUGUCCUACCUAAUCUUUGUGUAUUUUUACAAAUGGUUACACACUUCUUUUGCACUUAUUUUAAUUUGUGUACCUUACCAUAGAGCUGUAAAUGGAGGAAUGUUGCCAACUGAAAAAUGUGGAUGUAUUCGUUAUGUUGUAAGCCUGUCAAAUGUAUUACUAUUUUUAUCUUCCAUAAUCGUCAAAUAAUUUCAAUAUUAUUUGCCAUUUAUAACUGCUGGGAAUUCACACUCUAGGAUUCCACUGAAGAUUUGAAAAGUCUAAAAUGAUAACAAGUGUUCUUGUUUUUUAUGUUUUUGUUUUUUAAAAUUAACAAAUUUUUUCAUAUGUUUUACAAAACAUUUGAUUCUUUCAAACACCUCUUUUUCUGGGAAUAGCAAUAGCUAAUAUUAUUAUAACAAAUGUUCAAAUGAGUUACCACUUACCAAUACCAAUGCAGUGAAAUACUGAUGAUUGGUGUUGUGUGCAAGUAUACCUCAUUGAUGUUUGAGUUUGCAGUCAAGGGUUUGAAAAUUAAUUACAAACUGAUAUUUAGCAAAUCUGCAACAUCUGUCAUGUAAGUACUAGGACCAGAAAAUGAACCUCACUUUUUCUGUGAUAAUUUUUUUAUGAUAUUUUGUAUUUGUCGAAGGAAAGUCUUACAUUAUUUGGUUGCUAGAGUGCUUACUGUUGAGAUUACAAAGUUUAAGGUAUUAUGACUCUUAUGCAUCUGAUAGAAAGUAGAAAGAUAGACUUGUUGAUGUUAAUCAAAUGUUUUGUUUCUGUAUUGUGAGUUGAGAAUUCUUACAAAAGUACAGUGCCCUGGACUCAGCCAACAGUUCAAAUCACAAUUGUUUAUACUGUAUUUUUUGCAGAAAGUCUCAGUUCAAAUACGACAAAGAUCUAAUUUCCCUGUCAGUCUAUCACCAUUAAAUUUAUGACUGAGUUUCAUGUUGAAAUCUGUAGGUUUCUGUCUGAUUAGUUGGUCACUUUAAAGUGAAGGAAUAAUCUUGAAUGCUAACAUGCUAACAUGCAUACUUUCAGAGGAGUUAUUAUCUUCAGACCUUAUUUUUAGGAGAGUUUCCAGGUGAUAGAAUUUGACCAUGAGUAAGGGUGCCUCUUUCUCAUGCUUGAACGUUUCUGCAAAAAUUAUUCCUGUGCGAUAUGUUAGAUAUAUUUACAACUAUAUAAGCAUUCCCUAAUUUAACUUUUUUUUACCAAUCCGUGAUGUUCUAGAAAAUAUCCUUUUUGCAUCGUCAAUUUUCCUAAUUCUUCAGGUUUUGGUGUUGCACAUAUGAUACUGCAGACAUAAAUUUUGUGCCCCUAUCCAGAUUUGUAUCUAAGUAUUAUUACUAUUUUUGGUAACAUUGAAAUCAUCCUCAAUCUUUACAUUUUAUUAAAUUUUAAUAUUUUUUUUCUUGUAAAUGGGUUGUGAGUGAUUUGAGGGUUGAAAGUGUGGGAAAUGAAGGAUUGUAUAUUAAUAAACAGAUUUUGGGUGAAGGGCUCUGGUAAGCAAAAGUAUUUUAGGAUGAUGUCUGCAGUAGGGAAAACAUAAUGUGAAUCAGUAUAUAUAUUAGCAUCUGUUUUAGUUGUUAAUAAAUGAGUUUAAAGAAACACGCGGUUA